AUGCUACUUUUCUCACUGCUGGACUGGCUUGACUUCAAGAGCAUUUUUCUCUUCAUUUUUGUUUUUCUCCUUGUGGUUGACUUCCAGAAGAGAAGAAACCCUCCCAACUUCCCUCCAGGACCCUGGGGGUUGCCCUUUGUGGGGAAUGUGGAUGCUGGUUUUAACCACCGGGUCAUGAACAAGCUGGCAGCAGAGUUCGGCAACAUCUUCAGUGUUCACUGGGGCAGAGACAAGGUGGUGGUUGUGUCAGGGUACAAGUUGGCGAAGGAGGCUUUGGUGACGCAGGGAGACUGUUUUUUAGAUCGGAAUAUUUCACCUCUCUUCGACAAAGUCUUCAAAGGCAAUGGCCUCUCCACUAGUAACGGGUACAAAUGGAGGAGGCAGAGGCAUUUCUCCAUCAACCACCUGAAAAACUUUGGAGAGGGGAAAAGAACCCUUGAGCUUCAUAUUCAGCUGGAGAGCAACUUCCUGUGUCAAGCUUUCCAACAGGAAGAAGGGCCUUUCAAUCCUCAACAUAUAAUUAACAAUGCUGUUGCCAAUGUAAUUGGAUCCCUGGUGUAUGGGAAGCGCUUUGACUACGAUGCAGCAGACUUUCAGAACCUCCUUCAGCGGAUGCAGCAGACUCUGCUGCUGGCCGGGACACAGCAAGCUCAGCUGUAUGAUGCUUUACCGUGGCUGUUCCAGUAUUUAUCUGGCCCUCACGAGAUCAUUUACUCCAACUACGGCAUGCUGACGUCGUUUCUGAAAAGACAGAUAGAGAAACACAAGAGGGACUGGGAUCCAUUUAAUCACCGGGACUUCAUCGAUGCUUACAUUGGUGAAAUAGACAAGAAAAAGAACGAUGCAGAAGCUGGGUUCAACAUUGAAAACUUGGUCAUAUGCACACUGGACCUUUUUGAGGCCGGAACAGAGACCAUGACCACUACAUUACGCUGGCUUCUGCUUUAUAUGAUGAAGUAUCCAGAAAUACAGGAGAAGGUGCAGGAGGAGAUAGACCGUGUGAUUGGCCAGUCCAGGCAGCCUUGUCUGUCUGACAGAGCCAAUAUGCCUUACACUGAGGCGGUCAUCCAUGAGACCCAGAGGCUGAGGAGCAUACUCCCCCUGAAUGUCCCAAGGCUGUGCAACAAAGACACAUAUGUAGGUGGAUAUUUCAUCCCCCAGGGAACCACACUGUUGGUCAACCUGUCCUCGGUGCUGCAUGACUGGACUAUGUGGGAGACCCCACACCGCUUCAACCCUCAGCACUUCCUGGAUGAGAAUGGAUGCUUCCGGAAAAGAGAAGCCUUCUACCCAUUCUCUGUGGGGAGGAGAAUGUGCCUGGGGGAGCAGUUGGCUCGUAUGGAGCUCUUCCUCUUCUUUACCGCCCUCCUGCAGAGGUUCUCCAUCUCUCCAGUCCCGGGACAGGAGGUCAGCUUUGACACUCAGGGAAAUGUAAUCCUCGGCCCCAAACCCUUUCACAUCUGUGUCAAAGAUCGAUGAAGAUGGCUGUGUUUAUUUUUAUUUAAUUUAAUUAUUUUUUUUCUUUGAAAAUGCUGUAACUGUAAUAAUGAAGCAAUUUAACACUGUUUAUGCUGCAUCAGACUGUGAGUUGUGUAAUUAAAGCCAUGGGUUCCUUGCACAUCAGCGCUUUAAGAGUUACUCCGAAAUUACUUGCUGACCCACUGACUAUGACAAAGCAAGUUUUGAUUUCUAAAACACUGAGCUUUAACCGAACCAAAUGCAAUAAUAAUUACCCAGUAAGACAUGUGCAUUACAAAUGAUGAGUCGAUCACAGUAUAUUGUAUGAGAUAUUGUAAAGAAUAUUGAGAUAUCUUCAAAGAUUGUGCGUCAUGUGUCUUCAAAUUAUAUGAACUGGCAAAUUGAGCCAUUUAUGAGUCUUGAUACUUUGUACUUUUCUUCGGGCCAAAAGCCUACAAGUAUAAUGAUUGAUUAAA